CUGCAUCAGCACACCAAUGGAUUCCACGACAUCAGAAUAAAGAUCCGUGUGACCCGCCAGGGGCUACCGCCAAUCCGAGGGAAGCCAAGAAUCACACCCACCGGCGAAACCACCGUUGAACCGGCCAGCACUGCACCGGACUGUCGACUAGUUCGGGAUGCCGCACGAUGCAUUCGUACUGCACGAGACUGAAUAGCUCGCAAUUUCGCGCCAGAUCGAUCCGGCGGCCAUCUUCUGUUUUCCGGACUUUGCCAUCGUCUCCGAUUUGAGCGGCGGCCGACAGCUGCCGGGCUGGAAAAUUGGGGCAGGGCGGCGCCAUCGGAACAGCGGGGUGCAACGGUUGACGGGAAACCAGACGAUGCGAAGCACGACCGCCGCGGGUCUCGGCUCUCGCGUGCUCGGAGAGAUUGAGGAGACAACCUUGGACGAGGUCCUUGCUUCCCUCCGCUCAAGUCUACUCCGAGCCACCGGUGACAACGCCAACGACAGCAACGCUGGAAAUACACCCGCAUCAAUUGCACGGCUGCCAUUAUUUCCAAUUGACCCGCUCAACGAUCUCGUCAACCGCCAUUUUCGGGCAACUCAGUCAGCGCCGCUGGCACUUAGCGGCCGCCCUUACGAGUUGCUGUACGUUUUAGUGGCAACUCUAAUCGCACCGCCUCACGAGAAGGCAGUGGCCGUUGUCGACUUUGAGGGGCGCUUCGACCCGUUGCGGCUUCUGUCUACACCCAUUGAAGGGGCUACCGCUGCGGGUUCGAUGACCCUCGAGCCGAAACCCAGAGCGGCCCUUCAGCGUGCCGACCUGGAUCACGUCCACGUCCUACGCGCGGCACGCGGAAACUCUACGCACAUAGCCGGAUGUGUCGGCUCCAUCGAGGAGCAUAUGCUCUAUGGAUCACACCGGAGCCGCGGCCGGGAAUGGUGGGGCACCAUUGUCAUCGGAGGCGGGCUGAAUCCUUCGGGCAGUGCGUCCGCUGCGGCCUCCGCCCAGGUUGCCGUCACGGUCGAUUGGAAGGGUUGGCUGCGGGUUGACCGGGCGGAGGUGCCCGCAUUCUGGGAUAUGAGCGCCGAGGAAGCACUGGUCGAUCGGGAGAAACGGCAAGCGGCGGUGGAGGAUGCCGGCUGGCUGGCGACUUCCCCAUGGGGAGGUUUCUCGAUCGGCAGGAGAGAUAUGGGCCUCUGAUGGGUAUGGGGAAAGAUACGGUUCCACCGUCAACCCCUCUCGUUGCAUCCCUGAUUUGUUCUUGAAGUGUCCAAGGACCGGCCUGG